CCCAACAGAAGCGGGCUGCAGUCUCAUCUCUAAAGCACGAGCUCAACCCAACAUCGCUAUGGGAUCUUACAGGACACUGACUUUAUCGCUCCUCAGUUUGCUGGGACUGACGCUGAUCUCUGCCUUCAACUUGGACACAGAUUAUGUAAUCAGGAAAACGGGAGAUGCCAACAGCUUGUUCGGUUUCUCCCUUGCCAUGCACCGACAACUCAGACCAGCUGAUAAAAGAAUGUUGCUUGUUGGUUCCCCAAGGGCUAGAGCAUUGCCGGGGCAGAAGUCAAAAAUUACAGGAGGCAUGUACAACUGUGACAUAAAUUCUCCCAGUCAGUCAUGUCAACGAGUGAUGUUUGACAAUGAAGAAAACCUGGCAGCUGAAAAUAAGCAAAACCAGUGGAUGGGAGUUACUGUACAGAGCCAGGGACCAGGAGGAAAGAUACUGGUCUGUGCGCAUCGCUACCAGCGCCGCAUGUUUGUGGGCACGGUUCAGGAGGUGCGUGACUUGACAGGUCGUUGUUACAUACUAAGCGAGGACCUAACGAUUAAUAGUGCCGCAGAUGAAGAUGGAGGAGACUGGAUGUUCUGUAAUGGGAGAAACAGAGGGCACGAGCGCUUCGGAUCAUGCCAGCAGGGUCUAUCUGCCACAUUCACAAAGGACUAUCACUAUCUGGUGUUUGGAGCGCCAGGUGCUUACAACUGGAAAGGAGUGGUGAGGAUGGAGCAGAAGAACCAUUCUCUGUGGGAAGAGAAUAUCUUUGAUGACGGCCCAUAUGAAGUUGGGGACGAGGACCAACUUGAUCCAGACUUGGUGCCUGUCCCUGCUAACAGUUAUUUAGGUUUCUCUCUAGACUCUGGAAAAAUGCUGACUAAGAGAGGUCAGUUGACUAUUGUUGCUGGGGCUCCAAGAGCCAAUCACAGCGGAGCAGUUGUGCUAUUAAAGAAGAACUCAUCCAUGUUGACAGCCGAGUACAUCCUCGAGGGUGCCGGGCUUGCCUCUUCCUUUGGCUAUGAUCUUGCAGUUCUUGACAUCAAUGGAGAUGGGUGGCAGGACAUCGUAGUCGGAGCACCUCAGUACUUUAUUAAGGACGGUGAUAUCGGUGGGGCCAUCUAUGUUUAUCUAAACGAGGAAGGGGCUUGGGACAAGAUCACCCCUAAGAGAAUUGAGGGAGCUGCUUAUUCCAUGUUUGGUUUGGCUGUGGAAAACAUGGGCGACGUGAACAUGGAUGGUUAUCAUGAUGUUGCAGUUGGUGCCCCAUAUGACAGUAACGGAGCUGGAAAUGUAUAUAUCUUCAACGGUUCACCUCAAGGCCUGAAAAAAGCCCAGGUUCUUGGGGGAAAGGAUCACGAUGUGAAACUCUUUGGAUACUCUCUUGCUGGGAACAUGGAUUUGGACAGAAAUGAUUACCCUGAUCUGGCGAUCGGAUCUCUCUCUGAUUCAGUGUUCAUGUACAGGGCACGGUCAGUUAUCAGCAUUGAAAAGACUGUUACCACCACUCCAAAGGAGCUGGACCUCACUCAGAAAAACUGUGGAAAGGAUAUAUGCCUUGAGGUGAAAGCCUGCUUCAGAUUUUCAGUCAAACCCAAAACCUACAAUCCUACUCUGAAGUUGCAAUACUCUAUCAAGGUUGAAUCUGAAAGGAAGAAACUUAAUCUUCCUUCUAGAGUCAUCUUCACCCCGCGCUCAGCAAAUGAGUUUGAAAGCACAGGACAAGUAGAGCUCAAGGGUCAGGGCACAGAAAGCUGUGUUUCCAGAGUCCUCAGACUGCAGGAACCCCUAAGAGACAAACUGAGAGGUAUCCCGAUUGAGGUCUCUGUGGAGAUCCUGAACUCAUCCACACACAGGAAGAGACAGGCUGCUCUCCCGAAACUGCUUCCCAUCCUGGACUCUAAUCAAGAGGCCACCACUGUUACCAAGGUUCAGUUCAUCAAGGAAGGAUGUGGUGCGGAUAAUGUCUGUCAGAGUGACCUGCAACUCCAGUAUAGAUUCCACACCAGGGAACCAAACAGAGACGUCUUUAAUCCAUUACCUGAGGAAAAAGGAGUUCCCAUCCUGUCUCUGAGUGAUCAGAAGGACAUCGUCUUGGAGAUCAAGGUGCUCAACAAGGGUGAAGAUGCUUAUGAAGCACAGCUGACUUCCUCGUUCCCCAAAUCCCUCUCUUAUUCUGCCGUUCGCACUGAAUCUGGUGAGAAACCAGUCACCUGUCUAGCCAAUCAGAACGGCUCACAAGCCGAUUGUGAACUUGGAAAUCCUUUCAAAAAAGAUGCAAAGACAACCCUUUACAUCAUUCUGAGCACGGGUGGAAUUUCUUUGGAUACCACUGAAAUUGAAAUUGACCUUAAACUUAAAACGACAAGUGAUCAGGUGCAGUUACAAGCAAUCAAAGCCAAAGCCAUUGUUAAGAUCCAGCUGCUGCUCUCCCUCUCAGGCAUUGCUAAGCCAUCUCAGGUCUACUUUACUGGAGAAGUUAAAGGAGAGAGCGCAAUGAAGUUGGCGACUGAUGUCGGCAGUCCAAUUGACUAUGAAUUCAGGGUUACAAACUUGGGCAAACCUCUUAAAUCAUUCGGUACACCUUCGAUGAGUAUCCAGUGGCCUAAGCAUAACUCUCAAGGCAAGUGGCUGCUGUACCUCAUGAAGAUGACCUCAACCGGUUUAGGCAGCUUUAUUUGCUCCAAUCAAGAUGAAGUCAACAAACUCAAUUUGAAGGAUAAUUUGGUGUCACGAACUAAACGUGAAAUUGGGGAAACUCCUGCAAAAGUGGGAACAGUCUCUCUUUUUACCGACAAGAGGAAAUACUCAGUUUUGUCGUGUGAGGAUGGGGCGGAGUGUGUCACAUUCAGAUGUCCUCUAAUGGGAAUGGACAGCAAUGCUGUCAUCAGUCUGAGAGCUUACCUUUGGAACGCUACCUUCCUGGAGGACUAUGCAAAAUUGAACUAUAUUGACAUUAUUGUCAAGGCAUCACUUGAUUUCAAGACCUCAGCUACAAAUAUCCAGCUGAAAAAUGAACCAGCACAGGUACGCGUUACAGUGUUUCCAGAACGCAGAGUUGCGCAGUAUGGCGGUUUGCCCUGGUGGAUCAUACUCUUGGCCAUUUUACUAGGACUCCUUUUGCUGGGCCUUUUGGUGUUCUUGCUUUGGAAGUGUGGAUUUUUCAAACGCUCCAAGUAUGAUGAAAGCAUCCCCAGUUAUAAUGCUGUGCGGAUAAAGAUGGAAGAGAGGGGGAAAAAGCCGGGGAAAGAGGAAAUGGAUCCUCGGGAGAAGAAACAAUGGAUGACUUCUUGGAAUGAGAAUGAGAGCUACUCAUAGCUAAAUGCUAACCCGAUUGAAAGCAAACAAAAGAAUCCCUUCCAAAGGCCUUUGAUGCUUACUUUUGCACACACUAACCCUUCUUAAUGUUAUUACUCCAUCAAAAUGUGUAAGGAAACAUUUGAGCUUGAUAGAGACUUUUUGAGAUUGUAUUAAAAUGUGGUGUCUAGAAGACAUACGAUGAAGAAGGAUAAAAAAAGGUUUUGUUUUAUAUUAACAUAUUCUUCCAUGUUCCACCAAUUUUCAUAUCACAGUUCACUUUUCAUGCACACAGUGAUGUACUGUAUAUACAUUGAAUGUAUUUAUUCUCAGCAGAUGGUUCUGUUGUACAAAGGCCAAAGAUUUUUAAUCUCGAUUGUAUCUUGUUAUCCAGCUAAAACUGCUUCGAUUAAUGUACAUAUGUGUAUUUGGAAAUUCCUUUUUUUCUGUUAGUUGCUCUAUUGUUAAAACCAGUCAGGUACAUUAUUUACAAAGGUUUUUUUUCCACUGUACUUUACUAAAACUAGGACUGAUUUUAUUAAGAACUACUGUUUUAUAAAUAAAUUUUGAUAUAUUAUUGGCUGCCACAAUCUAUUGUAAGAUCAGCUUCUCUUAAUUUUUGAAGGUCAUUUGAAAUUAUCUUUGUAUAUGUGUGAAGUUGCUUUAAUUAUUUUUUUUUAAACGGCAAUUUUGGCAAUGCAAAUGCUCAAAUAAUGAAAAGUAUUAAUUCUUACACUUUGUGUAAAGUGUCUUGUUGAAGUGAUAAUGUAUGAAUUUUAGGCACUUAAAUUUACACUGAAGUAAUGAAACUGUUUAUUAGAUGUUUUUUUUUUGUAUUCAUUUUCCAAAUAAAUAUUUUUUUGCUGGGCCUAAAAUGACAUAAGAGGUACACAUUUUUAAAUUAAAUUGUUUGGGGGUGUAAAUCUGAAUAAUCUUAGAGUAUACUUUUAAAGGCUGAC